GGAGUAUAUACUAUAAUUUUCAUCAAAUAUUUAUUAAAUAUCGAUAUUUUCUGACGUGUAUCACCUUUAUUGCUCCAUAAAGUAAGUUCACGAAGUCGACAUCACUUCAAAACGUAACAUCAGUGUAGAUUUGUUUUAUAUAGGUAGUUAAAUCUUUCUAAUACCUACCUAGGCUUUUCUCAAACACGAUAUUAAUGUUGAAGCUAUCAGUGAAACCGCAAGGUGUUACGAUUAAUAGAUCUAUACAGUGUGGCACAUUUUUCAUGAAUCCACCUCUGAACCUGAGAUAUAUGAAUUAAAAUUAAAUCAUUGGUAUUAUCGGGAGAAAGUUAUCAACAAGUUUUAACAAUAUCACCAAGGAACUGCAGUUUGAGUUUGCGAGAGAUUAAAGUAAACUACCGCAGAAUGGAUACCACUGGAAACGGAGUAAUGAACAUGGGAUUUAGUGUAUGGCUGACGAUUUGCAUAUUUCUGGGUCUAUGGUUGUGGAGCAGCAUCACAAAGAGAAGAAGAAACUUCCAUAACAAUCUACACGUUAUCGAAGAAGGACUAAGAAGGAUGCAGGCUGACAUUGAAACGAGACAAAGGGAAAACAGUAUGGGAUGCGUGGAAGAUGUCGAGGAUAUCAGCGAAUUUUUGAAGAAGUUUUACGAAGAAGGAAACAAUAACCAGGAGAAGUUAAGCGAUGGCGAUGGUAAAGACACUAUCAGUAAUCAAGACGCGGUCACUGCAACUGCUUCUGCUUCAGCGACGUCAACUAGUUUUGAUAUCGGAAAUUUCGUUAACUGUAGUACUGUAAGUGAUGAUAUUCGUUUGAAACUGUUGACAGAUCCUUGGUUACCGGCCAGUAACUAUGAUUUUAAAUUAGAUGUAGGUGAUGGAAAACGGGCAUUUCGGCUCGAAUGGCUAAAAGAGUUCCCAGUCUUAACGUAUUCUGCAAAAUGUAAGGGGAUUUUUUGCCGUAAUUGUGUUUUAUUUAAACCUCCAGUAAAAAGGGGAUUUCAAGGUUCUUUCAUUGAAAAGCCUUUCGUUAAGUACAAGAAUUUUCACGAACAUACGAAAAAGCACAUGAAAAGUACGUGGCAUAUUAAUGCUACUGAAAAAUCAAUGGCAUUUAUUAACAGUGCAAAAAAUAAUGACAGAAUCGUAACACAUAUGUUAGAUACGGCUUUACAAAAAGAAAUUGACUUGAACAGGAAUAAACUUCAUUCUAUUGUUAAAACAAUUUUGUUUCUGGCAGUCCACGAUAUUCCGUUACGCGGUAAAAUAGAUCAAAGGGCAAUAUUUAACAAUCUUCUAGACUUUCGAGCUGAAGCAGGCGACGAAGUCUUAAGAUCUCAUCUUAUGACAGCUGCUAAAAAUGCAAAAUAUAUCUCACACAGAAUUCAAAAUGAAUUUAUAAACUUCAGUUGUGAAAUUUUAAGAGAAAAAAUUGUAUGGCGCGUCAACAAGGCUAAAUAUUUCAGUGUACUAGCCGACGAAACAGCAGACAUCAGUGGUGUAGAACAGUUGUCUAUUGGCGUUCGUUUUGUAGAAUGUGAUGAUGCAAAUAAAUAUUACAUAAAAGAAGAAUUUUUGGGAUAUGUGCCUCUUGUGGCAAUGGAUGCCAAGUCAAUUUCACAUGCCAUCGUCGAAAAUUUACAAAAAUGGGGAUUAAAUUUGGAAAAUAUUGUAGGUCAAGGUUAUGACGGUUGUUCAACAAUGGCUGGACAAAUCGGAGGUGUUCAUAAAAUUAUUCAGGAACAGUACCCCCAAGCUCAGUUUUUUCACUGCUCCUCCCAUAAAUUAAAUCUUGUUAUAAAUGAUUUAAACAGCAUAGCGGAAAUACGAAAUACAGUAGGCACCAUUAAAGAGACAAUAAAAUUUUUUCGUGAAUCGCCAUUAAGACGCAAAUCAAUAGAAAAAUCCAUGCCCUUACUGUGUGAAACCCGAUGGUCUGCAAAGUAUAAAAGUAUACGGCAAUUCAACGAAAUAUUUUUAAACAUUAUUCACGCUUUAGAUGAUUUACAAAAAGCAUCAACUGGUAAUACCAGAGCACGAGCUUUUCAGCUAUUUACAACAACAACUUCUUCUUGUUUCGUUAUUUCAUUAAACAUUAUAUCAAAGUAUUCGGCUAUGCUAGAACCAGUUGCUAACAUGUUGCAAGGAAUAGACAUUGAUUUGUUUGCAGUUAAAAAAUUUAUAGGCGACUUUACAGAAGUCAAAAAACACAGACAUGAUGCUGAGUCGGUUUUCCAUUCAAUAUAUGAAGAUGCUGUGAAAAUAGCGAAUGCAUGUGGUUUUGAAUUGACCGUUCCUCGAUUGGCCGGUAAACAAACAUGCCGAGCAAACUAUCAAGCAAAAUCAAGUUCACCAGAGGAAUAUUACCGAAUCUCGAUUUUUUUGCCAUAUUUGGAUUCUCUCUUGGUAUCAUUAAGUGAAAGGUUUUCAGAAGAAAAAGACGCACCUUUCUCACUUUUUAAAUUGCAUCCGAAAUAUUUAAAACAGUUGAACAAAGAUGAAUUUAUAUUCAUAAUAAAUAACAUAAAGAAAAUGUAUGGGCAGUUUUUAGACAACUUUGAUGCUGAGGCUGUGCUGUGGUAUAACGUAAAUAGCAACGACGAAAGUAUUGCCACCACGGAAUACAUAGAUUUAUUAAAUAAGUGCGAUUUUUUUCCAUCCGUGAAAGAAGCAAUAAAAAUUGGACUUACCUUACCACCAACAACAUGUUCUAUUGAAAGAUCGUUUAGCACACUGCGGCGCGUAAAAACAUGGUUAAGGUCAACAAUUUGUGAAGAUAGACUUUCUGGACUGUGCAUGCUAAGUGUGCACCGAGAAAUGGUAAAAGAAGAUGAAAAUUUCGUAAAUGAAGUAGUUAAUAAAUUUGCAUCAGUACCCAGAAGGCUACAGUUUCUAUUUAAGUAG